CCCUUGUUGCGAAGUUCAUUCAAUUUCACUUCAAUUUCCUCUGAAUCUCCACACCAAAAUGUUCGGAGCAUCAACUUCAACCUUCGGUACUCCAUCUUCAACUCCAGCAUUCGGAACUCCAUCUUCAACGCCAGCAUUCGGAACUCCAUCUUCUUCACCUUUAUUCGGUACUCCAUCAUCAACACCUGCUUUCGGUACUCCAUCAACAACACCAGCAUUCGGAGCUUCGACUCCAUCGUCAACACCAGGUUUCGGUACUCCAUCUUCGCCAUUUCUUGGAUCUUCUCUUUUCAAUACUCCUUCUCCAUUUCAGAAUACUCAACAACAACAACAGCAGCAAACGACGCCGUUUUCUGUACCUAAUACCGGGUUCGGGUUUAAUACUCAACAACAACAGCAGCAACAAACGACGCCGUUUUCGCUUGGUGUUCAACAGCUUACUACUCAAAUGGCUCCUGUUGCUCCUUUGCCUUUCUCCAUGGCUGAGCGUGAUAUUCAAGCAAUUGUUGAUGCGUACAAAGAUGAGCCGACAAAUCCUAAAUAUGCUUUUAAGCAUUUGCUAUUCAGUGUCACAGAUCCACAAUUUAGGAUCAAACCAGCUGGGAUAUCAGAUAUUAUGUGGGCUGAGGCGAUGGGAAAACUUGAGGGCAUGGAUAGUACUAAUCGUGAACGCUUAUGGCCUCAACUUGUCAAAGGCUUCAAGGAUCUCUCUCACCGUUUGAAGCUACAAGAUGAAGUAAUUGUUUCAGAUGCAGAUAGAUUACGGAUGACCCAAUGCAAUGUGAAAACGCUUCAAAGGCAUUUCCAAGCUGACACUUUACCUCGCAUUGAGAGAUUGAAACAAAAAGAACAAGGUCUUCAAAGACGCUUAUUAAGGGUGAUGAGAAUUGUAGAAGCUCUUGAGGGAAAAGGUUGUCGUUUGCCUUUAAUGAAAGGGGAAGUUGAAUUGGCUGAGAAGCUGGCUUCAAUAGUUAGACAGCUCAAAGGGUCUGGUGCUGAUCUUUCAAGGAGGGUACAAAAUCUGUUGACAGUAUCUCGUGUUCAGGCAAAUGCCAAUGGUGGUAGUAUCUCUGUAUAUCUUCUAGGUUCAUCUAAAAUUCACGAGCGAAGUCUUUCUGACAUGCAGGAGGUUUUGCAACAGCAGACGGAUGCCAUUGCUAGGCUUGGCAAUGUACUGAAAAGAGACAUUCGGGAUAUGGAGAUAAUCAUGUCUGAAGAUACAGAAAUGAUUGAAGAUGCUAGUUGAUUAAAGGUAUUCAUAGUUGGAUUGUUUUUCUUGUGUCAUUCUUCUAGUGCAGAUAUUGUAUCUUAAAUACUUUUUUUUUUUGGAAUAUUCUAACUGUCAAUUUUGCAUAGCGUGAUAUUGCUUUUGAUGGAAUA